AUGGAUAACUCUGAUUCAGACUCCGGUGGAUCUCACAUCUCGUCCACGCCUCCUCGUCAACCAUAUCAGCCUCCUCUCCAUCGCCGACCGCCACCGCAGGCACCACAUACUCUUCUCUUUUCUGGUAACCAACAAAAAAACCCCAAAUCGAAAACCAAAUCCGGUUUCUCCCGGCCAAUUUUGAGAAUUAAACCAUCCACCAAGAAGACUAAGCUCCCGCCUUCGAAAUCUACACUUAAAACCGAUGGAACUGACCCGAUUCAAAGCCCCACUCCAUCCGCUAUGCGUACUCCUGAUGUUGACCCACCGCUUCAAACCCGCCGGUCCUCCGGUGGUGAUUCGUUGGAUACUAUUGCUCCGACUGAGACUCUUUCAGCUGAGCUACCAUCUAACAUUCACCGGUCCUCCGGUUGUCCUUCGUCGGAUACUAUUGGUCCCAUUGAGAUUCUUCCAGCUGAACUACCGUUUAAAAUUCACCGGUCAUCCGGUUGUGAUUCGUUUGCUACUAUUCGUCAGGGUGAGAAUCUUCUAGCUCGUAGCUCACGCUUCGCGUCAAUUUAUAAGAACCGUAAGCUUUGCUUGAACUUAGAAUCAACCGAAAAAGGAAUUGAUCAUGGUUUGGAAGCCAAAAUCGGAGUUAGUGAAAGCCAAGUCGGAGAUGCUACUGUCAUAGACUCGGAAACAAUUGUGAAGGAGCAUCCGAAUUUGAUUGGGAGUUAUACUUCUCGAUUGGAACAUCCGAAUACGCCCGACCCUACGUGUGUAAAUGAAACCCUAGGUCGAGAUGUUAAUGCUAGAGAUUCAGGGAAAGUUGUGAAGAGGCAUCCUAACUUGAUUCCGAGCGGUGUUUACCCCAAGGAGCAGGUGAGCAAGCCUAAACUUGUAAAUGAAGGGAAUUUUGUGAGAUUGAACAUCAAUGGUCAUGGGGGACGCAAGAAGUAUGCAAACAGAGUUAGAAAAAAGAAUCCGAAUGCUUAUAAUUCAAGUCGCAAGUCUUACAAGAGAAUCAAACGAAAACGGAAAGGUGGAGGUGAAGGAGAAGAGGAGCAGAGUUUCUGUGAAGAAGAAGUUUUUCCAUUGGAGGAAGAUGAAGAGACUGAAACGAGACUUGAUUCAGAAGUGAUUGAGCAGGCUGUGCUGAAUGUUCGACAUGAUCCAUCUGAUGAGAAUCUAAUCAAGUUGUUGAAGCUUACUUAUGGUCCAUUGGUGUCACUUAUGUUCGAUCAACUCAAACAGCUGCCGCCAGUGAUUCCAGGUGGUUUAUUAUGUAGCAGUCAGACACUAGAAGAGAGUGCACAAACACUUAGGCGGGUUCAAGAAGGAGCCUUGAAGGUCCUUUUUGUUUCUCCAGAGAGAUUACUAAAUGCAGAAUUUACAUCUAUAUUUUCUACAACUUCACUCAUCUCACUAGUUGUGAUUGAUGAAGCCCACUGUAUUUCUGAAUGGUCACAUAAUUUCCGUCCUUCAUAUAUGAGGCUUAGAGCAUCCAUACUUGGUUAUAGUCUUGGAGUAAACUGCUUUCUUGCAAUGACAGCAACUGCAACUACCAAAACCAUGCAUGAUGUGAUGCACUCCCUUGAGAUUCCUCCUACAAAUCUUGUUCAAACAGAACAAACCAGGGACAACUUGCAACUGUCUGUAUCAUUGAGUGAAAAUAGGAUGAAGGAUCUGAUGACAUUACUCAAGGCUUCACCUUACACAGAGGUUAAAAGCAUUAUAAUUUACUGCAAAUAUCAGUGGGAAACAGAUACAAUCAGCAAGGUUUUAUGUGAUAGCAAUAUCCGAGCAAAGAGUUAUCAUAGUGGGAUCCCUGCUAAAGACCGAAGGCGUGCACAAGAGCAGUUCUGUUUAAACAAGAUACGCGUGAUUGUUGCAACUGUGGCCUUUGGAAUGGGGCUUGAUAAAAGUGAUGUUGGUGCUGUAAUUCACUACAGUUUGCCUGAAAGCUUGGAAGAAUACGUUCAGGAAAUUGGACGUGCUGGACGUGAUGGGCGAUUAUCUCAUUGUCAUCUCUUUUUCGAUGACACAACAUACUUUAAGCUAAGGAGUCUCAUGUACAGUGAUGGAGUAGAUCAAUACACUGUAAAUAAAUUCCUCUCUCAAGUUUUCACUGGGGAUUCACAUUCACAUUCGAAAGGAAGGAUUUGCUCAAUAGUCAAGGAAUCAGCAUCUCGGAAAUUUGACAUGAAAGAAGAGGUGAUUCUGACUAUCUUAACUCGCUUGGAGUUAGCUGAAGAGCAGUACUUGCGUUUACUUCCCCAAAUAAAUGUCACAUGUGUUGUAAAUUUUCAUAUGACAUCUCCAGCAUUGCUUGCUUCGAAGGACACUGUGAUCAAUGCAAUUUUGAAAAAGUCUGAAAUAAAAGAUGGACAAUAUGUGUUUGACAUACCAACUGUGGCAUCUAGCAUUGGAGUUGAAGCUUCUACCAUUUCUAAUCAGUUGCACAUUUUGAAGGCCAAGGGAGAAAUCACAUAUGAACUCAAGGAUCCAGCUUAUUGUUACACAAUCUUAAAUUUCCCAAAAGAUAUAUGUUCCUUGGCAACAGAUCUGGCUGAAUGGUUAUCAGAAGUUGAGAGUUGCAAGGUGCGAAAAAUAGACGCGAUGUUUAAUGCUGCAGUCUUUGCAGUGAAAACGUGUGAUAGAACAAAGGGUUGCACUAAUUCCCAACACACCGCCUGCUUACAAAAAAAGAUCUUGGAUUACUUCAAUGCAGAUAAUGACAAUAAUAUCCCAAAUAAAAUGGGCCAAGCCAGCCGGUUUUUAAAAGCAGAUAUCAAGGUGUUUCUACAGAGCAACUCACACACCAAAUUUACCCCUCGUGCCAUUGCUAGGAUAAUGCAUGGUAUAGCAAGUCCAUCAUUUCCUUCUUCAACUUGGUCUAAAACUCAUUUCUGGGGGAGAUAUAUUGAAACAAACUUUAAUGUUAUAAUGGAAGCAGCAAAAGCUCAACUGAUUGAUUCUGCAGGAAAAUCUGCCGUUUAAAUGUUUUGCUUCACGGAAUAUUAUUAUUGGCCCUUUGUCUUUGUUUUUAACUUUAUAGAUCUAGAUCUACACACUUACCUUGUUAUCUUGUUCCUGUAGCUACAGUUUGAGUACUCGAAGCCCUUUAGAUAGUUGCUCUGUUAUAGAUUAUGACAAAUGUAUAGCAUACAAAUCUUUUGUUACUUUCUUCUUGGACUUUUUCUUUCUCCUUCAUAAAAUAAAGACAUGUUCGUUGUUGUAAAACUAUUUGACAUAUAAUUAUGUCUGCUAUUCUCAAAGUUGC